UCUCAGUCCUUAUAGGAAGAAAAUACACAGUAGGCAUAUUAAACGAACACCAUUUUCAAAAUGGAGACCUCGGCCUCGGGCAGAAAAAUUUUGACACAUCAUGACGAAAUGAAAAAACAUGUUUUACCCGAUUCAGGUUCUGAUGAACAAGAGUUUACACAGUUGAAGACAAAAGAAACGUUUCAUGCCAGUGCAGGGAUACAAGAUGAUAGUGGGAGUACCAGAUCAUUGAUAUUGUUGGUUCUGAUAUUUUUAACAGCUGUAGCAAUGCUCAGUCUGGUCUACCUCAACUUUCCUAAACUAACACAGGAAGAAAAACAUCAUAUAAAGUUACCAAGGGAUAUAGAAGAUGCCAAGAAUCUCGGGAAAGUUUUGUCAAAAUACACUGAUAAAUAUUAUUUCCAAGUUCUGUCAGGGUAUUUUGUCACAUAUAUAUUUUUGCAAUCAUUUGCUAUACCUGGGUCUAUAUUUCUGAGUAUAUUGUCAGGGUUUCUCUUCCCUUUCUUUCUAGCCUUGUUUAUGGUGUGCUUCUGUUCAGGAAUUGGGGCAACCUUUUGUUAUCUUCUAUCAUACUUGGUUGGUAGGCGACUUGUGAUCAAAUACAUUCCUGAAAAAGUCUCGGACUGGCAAUCUCAUGUGAAUCAUCAUAGAGAGCAUUUAUUAAACUAUAUAAUAUUUCUGCGUAUUACACCUUUUCUACCUAACUGGUUCAUCAAUAUAGCAUCACCUGUGAUAAAUGUACCUCUACUGCCAUUCUUCAUAGGAACUUUCCUUGGUGUAGCACCACCAUCAUUUGUAGCAAUACAAGCAGGAACAACUCUACAUCAGCUCACAUCUUCAGGAGAUGCUGUGUCAUACACAUCAAUGAUUAUACUUGCAGUAUUUGCCCUAGUUUCACUUCUGCCUGUUCUCUUCAAAAAGAAAUUAAAGGCAAAGUUUGAUUGAAUCAUGUGGUCAGCUUUCAGGGGUUUCCUUUCAAUCAUGUGUUCUGCAAAACGGUUUUAUUUUAAUGUUGAAUUUUGUGGAUUUUUUUUACCCAACAUUUGGGGACGCCAGAUGUUCUGGAACAAAUUCUUUUUAUGUUGAAGGACGUUAUGAGGCACACUUUUGUUUUUAAUUUCCAA